AUGUGUAUACUCUGCGUGAUUCAGAAGUGGUCGAGGAGGAUUGCUACCAUGUUGCCAUGGCUAGUGAUUCCACUUAUUGCUCUGUGGGCCCUGUCUCAGCUCCUGCCGCCCGCGUUCCGGUUUGAAAUUACGUCUCCGAGGCUUGCCUGUGUAUUAGUCUUGUUGGUGACCCUCUUCUGGUAUGAGGUUCUAAUGCCUCAGCUGUCAGCAUGGAGGAUCAGGAGGAAUGCUAGGCUUAGGGAGAGGAAGAGGUUCGAGGCUAUUGAGAUGCAGAAACUGAGGAAGACCGCCACUCGGAGGUGUAGGAAUUGUCUGACCGCGUAUCGGGAUCAGAAUCCUGGUGGGGGAAAGUUUAUGUGCUCCUACUGCGGCCAUAUUUCAAAAAGGCCGGUCUUGGACUUGCCCGUGCCCGGUGGGACGGGAAAUUCGGGGAUUCUGAAAGAUCUAGUGGGUAAAGGUGGGAAGAUAUUGAACGGCAAGGCUUGGUCUGACAAUGGGUGGAUGUGUGGGCAAGACUGGCUGGAGAACGGGAAUUUGGGCGGAGGUCCUUUUGCUGUGAAAUCGAGUUAUUGGAAGAGUGGUGGGGGUUUAUUCAGUGGGGACGAUGACCAUUGUCUGGCGGAGAAUUCUUAUUCUCGUGUUAUUAUUUUUGCUUGCAGGGCACUAACAACUGUUUUCUUGAGUGUCGUGUGGGUUUGGAGAAAGAUUUUUAGGGUUAGUUCCUCCAGAAAUGAUGCUUCAGUCGAUGCAGAUCGUCGAGGAAUGUUGGAUAAUAGAGGCGAGAAUGGCGGGAGUGGUCAGGAGAGUAGAGGGGAGAAAGCGCGCAGGAAAGCCGAGGAGAAGAGGCAGGCUAGAUUAGAGAAGGAGCUAUUAGAGGAGGAGGAGAGAAAGCAAAGAGAGGAGGUUGCUAGGUUAGUUGAAGAAAGGAGGAGGCUACGGGACGAAAAAAUGGAGGCUGGAAAAGAUCGUGGAAAGGAUGGCUCUCCUCGGGCAAAGGCAAGAGAUAGCAAAAAGGAAGCUGAAAGGAAGCGUCAAGAAAGGAAGAAGGAGAGAGAUAAGGGGUCGAGUAAGAGCAACUCUGAUGUUGAGGAGUUGGAAAAGAGAGGAGGCAAACAAAAUUAUAAGAAUGAAAGGGAGCAACACAACAGUACACCUGAUAGCUUGAGAACUCAUGGCACUGAAGUUGGCCAUGUGUUUAAGGGUGCUGGUGCUAGCCGAGGGAAUGCUGGGACGAGAUACUUUGAUAGGAUGAGGGGUACUUUUCUAUCUUCUUCUAGGGCAUUCACUGGAGGUGGGUUCUUUGGAAAGGGUACGAAUACUUCUGUUGUUUCUAGAGAUCACAAACCCAGCGGAUUGGUAGGAAAUGGUCAACCUUCGUCAUAUAGGAAAGAAAUACCCGACCGAGUUUCUGGGCGAUCAACAGGAAGUGGGGAUGAUAAGAGUGCUAUUCGCCACGUAUUCAUUGAACCUCAACCAAGUACUGCUCCUAAAAAAUCAUGGCAGCAAUUAUUUACUCGAUCUUCUGCUGGUUCUCCACCACCCUCGAAUCCUAAUGUCAUAAGCAGACCAACAGGGAACAACAAAGCAGAAGUUCAGGACCAGCCCGUUUCUGGCCAUCCCACCUCGACACAAUCAUCUGAAACCCCUAUUAAUUUUGGUUUGGCAAACCCAUUUAGUUUACCUGCGAUUCCUUUUGGAUCUAAUAGUGGCAGCAGUACUAUUCCCCCAGUAUCCUCUGGUGCCAUGCUUCCUAAAAUGUUAGAUUCCCCACACCAGCUUUUACCAGAGGAAUUGGAGAUUUUUGAAGACCCUUGUUAUGUUCCAGACCCUAUAUCCUUGCUUGGGCCUGUUUCUGAAUCGCUUGACAACUUUCAGCUGGAUCGGGGUUUUGCAACUGAUCCUAGAUUGGACAAACCAGGUCAUGUGAAGACUAAAGCCGCACCUUCUUUGGUUACCAAGCCAUCACCGAUUGAGUCUCCAUUGUCACGAUCACGUGUGUCUGAGGAACGGCAUGUGAGUUCUCUUUUUUUACCGGGUACUCCGAAGUCUCAGGAUAGUAAUUCCAACAACACAAAUGACAAUGGAACAUGGCAGAUGUGGAAUAGCUGUCCCCUUGGUCAGGAUGGUCUUGGUAUAGUUGGUGGGCCCGUCAUCGGCUGGCAUUUGUAUCCAGAGAUGAACUUGCCCAAAAAGGAGGAUAAUAUCCAUUCAGUCCCUCGUAAAACGAUGGCGUCCCUGUUCAAGAAAGAUGAGCAAGCCGUACCUAGCGGUCAUCCUUCACAGAAUGUUUUGUUUGGGCAUGCUCCAAAUGGUGGAGCAUUGAAUACAUCUUUACCUUCUAAUGUUGAUGAUCCAUGGUUACCGAGAACUUUAUUUGGGCCAAGUAUGGGUCUGCAAAAUCAUAUUCUGCAGAAACCUAAGGAGGAUGCUCUUCAGAAUGGCCUUAUCUAUGGAAAUCCCAGAGGUCCUGUAGUUAACCAACAACUUGACCUGUCUGCUGCGGAUUGUUGGCCUAAAAAAGACUGGACCGUGCAGGGUUCACGAGAUGGUGUUGGGAACUCUCCGGCCAUGAGGCCUCACAUUGGAGGCUUGUACAACCCUCUAGAUGUACAGUCUCUUUGGUGA